AUGGAAUUGAAUGAACUUCUCAAUGGAAGAGAUGCAAUGUGGAAGGGCUCCAACAUCAAUGCAGUUCGUGGACGCUUCUCAUCGCAAGAAACCCCCUCAACAAGAGUGAUUUCUCAGAAUGUGAUGAGCCCAGAGCAAGACAUCCUCAAGGAGAAUGUGGACUUCUUGAUAACGUCAUUGAAGUCUGUUGAUUCUCUGACAGUCAUUUUGUUCAAGGCCAAGGUAAUCUCGCAAGUAGAUCGGAAGGAAAUCCUGCAAUCACGAGAAGAGAAGGAAAGAAAAGAAGUUUUUGUGGAGAAACUUACAACCCUUGUCGACUCCGCUACUUUUGGGACGUUCCUAGACGCGCUGCAAAAGACUGGACAGGAGGAAUUAUCAGAAAGUCUAAAAAAACAAUUGGGCAUGCAUCAAGUUGCCCAGCAUGUUGCAUGGCUCUCCUAA